UCUAGCACGCCAGACUUACCUGUGCCCGCGACUCGGGUUAAAAGUUGAGAAAUAUCUUAAAAUACCGUUUAAGAAACGACUUUUAUUUAGUUUUACGCUAAACAGUUAAGCAAGACUUGCCAUGUCGUCCGCAGCCAAGUCGGCGACGAACGCUGCCAGCGGGGGCUCCACGUCUGCAGCUGCUGCCGCCGCAGCCGCUGCCUCGGCAUCAGCCGCGGCAACGUCCUCCAACGUGCAGGAGUUCAAGAUCCGGGUGCCCAAGAUGCGUAAGAAGCACCACGUGAUGCGGUUCAAUGCCACCCUCAAUGUGGAUUUCGCACAGUGGCGUAAUGUGAAACUGGAGCGGGAGAACAACAUGAAGGAGUUCCGCGGCAUGGAUGAGGAUCAGCCCAAGUUCGGCGCCGGAUCUGAGUAUAAUCGGGAUCAGCGCGAGGAGGCGCGUCGCAAGAAGUUCGGCAUUAUUGCGCGGAAAUACCGCCCGGAGGCGCAGCCUUGGAUCCUGAAAGUCGGUGGCAAGACCGGCAAGAAGUUUAAGGGUAUCCGGGAGGGCGGCGUUGGCGAGAAUGCCGCCUUCUACGUGUUCACCCAUGCUCCGGACGGAGCCAUCGAGGCAUAUCCCCUGAACGAGUGGUACAACUUCCAGCCCAUCCAGCGCUACAAGUCCCUGUCGGCGGAGGAGGCUGAACAGGAGUUUGGGCGGCGCAAGAAGGUGAUGAACUACUUCUCCCUCAUGUUGCGGAAGCGUCUGCGAGGCGACGAGGAAGAGGAACAGGAUCCAGAGGAGGCCAAGCUGCUGAAGGCGGCCACCAAAAAGUCCAAAGAGCUGAAGAUCACCGACAUGGACGAAUGGAUCGAUUCCGAGGACGAGUCCGACUCUGAUGAAGAGGAGGAUAAGAAAAAGAAGGAGCAGGAGGACAGCGAUGAUGACAAGGCCAAGGGCAAGGGCAAAAAGGGAGCCGAUAAAAAGAAGAAGAAGCGAGACGUAGACGAUGAGGCCUUCGAGGAGUCUGAUGAUGGUGACGAGGAGGGCAGGGAAAUGGACUACGACACCAGCUCCAGCGAAGACGAACCGGAUCCGGAGGCAAAGCUGGACAAGGACAUGAAGGGCGUAGCCGAGGAGGAUGCGCUUCGAAAGCUACUCAACUCCGACGAGGAGGAGGAAGAUGAGAAGAAGUCCGAUGAAUCGGACAAGGAAGAUGGCGAUGGCGAGAAGAAAAAGAAGGAGAAGGGCAAGGAUGAUGCCGCCAAGGACAAAAAUAAGAAGAAAAAAGCAGCCAAGGACGAUAAGAAGGGCAAGUCGAAUGGUAGCGGCGACUCCUCAGACACAGACUUCAGCUCCGACAGCACAGACUCUGAGGACGAUCUCAGCAAUGGUCCGCCCAAAAAGAAGACAGCCUCCAAGGACAAAGACAAGGAGAAGGAGAAGGACAAGGAGAGCGCAGCUGCCAGUAGCAAGGCGUCUACCAGCAGCAGCAGCAAUGCCAACAAAUCGCGAUCGGCUACGCCAACCCUCUCGACAGAUGCCAGCAAACGCAAGAUGAACAGCCUGCCCAGUGAUCUCACGGGCUCGGACACCAGCAACAGUCCCACUAGCACACCGGCGAAGAGGCCAAAGAACGAGAUCAGCAACUCGCUGCCCACAUCCUUUUCCGGUGCUAAAGUAGAGGACUACGGCAUCACCGAGGAGGCAGUGCGUCGCUAUCUCAAGCGCAAGCCUCUGACCGCUACCGAGCUGCUCACCAAGUUCAAGAACAAGAAGACUGGCGUCUCGAGCGACCGUUUGGUUGAGACCAUGACGAAAAUCCUGAAGAAGAUCAAUCCCGUCAAGCACACCAUACAGGGAAAGAUGUACCUCUGGAUAAAGUAGUCGCCGCAUGUGAUUUAAUUAACUUUAUAAUCGAAAAUGCUCUAUUGUUCUGCAAAAGUAAAAAUAUUCAAAAAUUAAAACCAA